AUGUAUUUAUAGUAAUGUAAAAAUUUGUGUAACAUAUAAUAAUGAGAAAUAUCCGGCUCCACUAACUGUCAUAUACUAAUUCCUAACAGACAUCUGUUAUCGGUGGCAAGAUCAUGCGACACUAGUCAUCAUCAAUGGUCUUGCAUAAGUGAUCAGUCUCGUAGAAGUCAUCGGAACGGCAACACGCGCAUGAAAGCCGUUCACGCGUAAGUUUAUUGAGAUUAUGUCACGAUUGCCUAGUGGGUCACAAGACAUAUACGUGCGUGAUAACGAUAAUAAAGAUAAAAACAUGGAAAGCAUCAGAAGAAGUGUUACCAGCGGCAUGGCCAACGGUAACGAGAAACCAGAGGGCCGCGUUCUGGUUUUCUAUACGGGUGGCACCAUAGGAAUGAUGAGGAAUGAGGAGGGAGUAUUAGUACCGAUAGCCAAUGCGUUCGUCAAAAAUCUUCGGAAAUAUCCACAAUUGCAUGAUCGCGAAUAUGCCGAGAAAAGAUUCGGAGCGAUGGGACCACUAGUACUGCCCGUGACCGCAACUGACAGUCGUCGGGUCGUUUACAGCGUAUUCGAGUACUCGAAUCUCUGCGACUCCAGUAAUAUGACUAUGGACGAGUGGAUUCGUAUUGCUAAUGAUAUUAAGGAAUCCUAUGAACGCUUCGACGGAUUCGUGAUUCUUCACGGUACCGACACCCUCACUUACACCGCAUCCGCCCUGUCCUUCAUGCUCGAGGCUCUAGGCAAGAUCGUCAUCCUAACCGGUUCGCAAGUGCCGAUUUUCGACACCAGGAGCGACGGCCUGGACAACUUCCUCGCGUCUCUCGUGAUCGCGGCGAAUUACAAUAUACCCGAAGUGUGCGUGUUCUUCGGUACGAACUUGUUGCGCGGCAAUCGGACGAGCAAAGCGUCUGCGACAUCCUUCGAAGCCUUCCAGUCACCGAACUUUCCACCCCUCGCCACAGCGAACAUCAAAAUCGAAGUGGAUUAUCGUUCGAUUUUUCGUCCAUGUAGAAUGGAGAAAUUCUACGUACACGCGUCGCUCAAUCGGAACGUAGGCUUACUCCGGUUGUUUCCCAGCAUCACAUCCGAACUGGUUAAGGUGUUUCUUCAACCGCCUAUUGAAGGGGUUGUGCUGCAGUCCUAUGGCAUGGGAAACGUCCCGACAAAUCGCGACGACAUCUUCGAGGAGCUUCAAAAAGCAACCAAGCGCGGUGUGAUUAUCGUGAAUAUAACGCAAUGCACAACCGGAUGCGUCUCGGACGCGUACGAGGCUGGAAAAUUACUUCAAAAAGCUGGUGUGAUAUCGGGCUUCGACAUGACACCGGAGGCCGCGUUGACGAAACUCGCGUACGUCUUAUCGAAGAACGAUUGGGAUACGGAGACCAAGCGGCAGAUGAUGCAAACAAAUCUACGAGGCGAGCUGACCUCUGGUCGACCGCCUACUAUCCAAGACUGGGAUCUAGUGGAAGCCGUCGCUAGGUCCUUGAGAUUAUCCUCGGCGGCGGAGCUUCAGGAACUGGGAUCGAUCCUAUUUCCUGCUAUGCUAAACGCCGCGGUGAUCAGGCGCGACGUCGUCAAGCUCGAGUCUUUGAGAGGAUACGGCGCGGAUAUCUCGCAGUCGAACGCAGAUGGCCGAACAGCUUUGCACAUAGCCUGCUGCGAGGGGGACAUGAAAGUCGUGCGAAGUCUUUUAAAGAUGGGCGCGAAUGUUCAUAUUAAGGAUCGAUUUGAUCGCACGCCUCUCACUGACGCGAUCGAAUACGAUCGUCAUGAGAUUAUCAGGGUGCUGCUGCAGUGCGGGGCGCAUCUUCACGGCGACGCUGUGUUGAUCGGCGAGAGGAUGUGCUCGGCUGCCACCGCCGGAAACACGAAGCGUUUGCAGUCGUACCUGCUGGCCGGCGCCGAUCUGUCGCAGAAGAACCUAUCCGGACGCACGCCGUUGCAUUUCGCCGCUCUUCAUAAUCGCACGGAAGCGAUCGAGUUCCUGCUGGAUCACGGCGUGGAUCCGCGCUGCGUCGAUAUGUUACAAGAAACCGCGGCGGACCUCGCGGAGGCUGCGCGUGCCAAGAGUGCCAUACGCUUGUUAGCGCCUUUCAAGCAGAACGGCGUCGCCGAAGACACGGUCGAUAGAAAAGUUGCAACGCAAAUACAGAAUGUCGACUAGUCCGUGUUUGAUUACUUCUUGAUUACUUCUGAAAUUUGUUGCUUCAAAGAGGUACCGUUUCAAAAGUCCAAAUUGACUGUGAUACGUUCUACCCCUUUCUUCGAUUUAAUUAUAGUCUAUUGGUUCCACUAGGCAAAAAAUUUAUUUGAUAAAAGUCAGCUUCUUAAGUGAGAUGCAGUCGGAUUUUAAAGACUGAAAAAAUGUGAUACGGUUUUUAAAAAAAGUAAACGCAAUAGAAGUCUAGGCAUAUAUUUAAUUACCUUCGGAUUGGAUUUUAAUUACAGUGCGUGAUACGAUUACAAAGUCAGAAUUCGCUAAAUAAAAAAAACUUAAUUUUUGUAGUAAAAUUAUAAACCAUAAAAUGUUAUAUUUAUAUUUCUAUAUUAUUAUUUCUUUACAUAGUAAUAAACAGCUUCAUUAUUAUGCAGAGAAAUGAUAAUGUAAAACAUUAAUAUAUGAAAAUAAUAAAAUGUAUAAAUUUAUACAUGUUUAUAGAAUGAAAUGUAUUUUUACAGUAAACAUAAAAUUUAUAUUUACUGUAGCAAUUGUCUGACAAAUAUGAAUAAGGAAGCCAAUAAUUCCCAGGAAACUAGGAAUCUUCGGGUUAUUUGACAUCUCAGAAUUCAAAUUCUAAAUUCGUGAUCUUAUACCAACGACUAUUCCACGCAAUCUUAUUUAUCUAAUUUUAUUAAAAUUAAUAUUUUUUAGAAAUAAUAAUAAUCCUACAAAUCCUACUAAUAAUUUUUAUUAAAAAUAGCUGUGAUCGUUUGAAUGCAAUAUAAUUAAAUUAGAAUGCUACUAAAGCUACUUAAAUACUUAUUUGAAUAAUAUAUUUACCACAUGCUUUUAACAUAAUCUCUAUUUUAUGAAAAUAAAAAAUUUAAUUACAUAGCGUGUCUGUCUCUUGCUGAUCACUUUCUUUUUUCAUGUUUCUUUGAUGUAAAAAAAUCAAAUUUUUUACGAGAAGAAAAGCGCAGAAAAAUUCUAUGUACCAAUUAUCUUCAUUUUAGUUGCAUUGUCAUAAAGAAAUUGUUUAAUUUUACCGAAAUUAACGAAUGAGAAUGAAUUGUAUAUGACACCAGACUCGUUAUGUUUGUUAAAAUAACAGUAAUUUUCUAACGAUUUGUGGGAAAGGAAAAGUGAAAGCGCGUUAUUUAAAUACGCGACGUGGUUUCUCUUAAGCGCGACGAAAUUUCACACCUCGUGCAUCAGGAUAAUGAAGAUCAGCCAUCCUGAUGUAACUCGCUCGUUACACCGCGAGUAGCUUCAAAAUUAAAUGUGAGACAGAUUUACCGUAUUAGAAAGGGUGUUUUGUAAAAUUUUCGUAAAGCCAUUCGCGAUGCGCAAUUCUAUUCGGCAACAAGAAGAUGUGUAUGAUCAUAAAAGGAUACCAAAUCCCAUCUCGAGAUCGAUAAUACCUUUACAAUUUGCAAUUGCGAAACGUCGCGACAUCAAAUUGCACCAAAUUGCGUCAUCAUACUCUUAAGAAUUUUCUGCGUCACAAAGCACUCCUUGUAAAUGCGGUCGCAAUCAUGGUGCCCUUCUCGACCUACUCUGAUAGCUUCCUGAAGUACUGUGCCAUUUGUGACUUCCUUAAACCACUUGUGACUGGUCGAGAUAUUAAAAAUAAAUUCACACAAUUAGAAUUUAAUUUUUCAUAUAAUUAAUCAAAGAAUUUAUUUUCCUAUAUCUGUAAUAUCUCAUUUUUUUUAAUAACACCUUUAUAUUUAUUUUCUUCUUAAUUGAAUAUUUAAUGCAUCUAAGUGAUUUAACUUUUUACUCUUAUAUUAAUCUUGAUUUAAUGAUUGCAGUGUCCAAUAUUAAUGACAUUAAUUAUUUCACUUUUGCUUUUAUAUUUUCUUAUUACAUGUUCCAGUUUGUCUUUGUAAUAUAUCUUUCUCUCCAAAUUUUGCAAAAUUUAUUGUGUACAUUAAUUUAAUUAAAAUUAUUAUUGUUAACAAACUCCAAAUGACAAAUAAAAUUUCUCUAUCCAAAA